AUGGAUCAUCAAAUGUAACAAAAGGAGUUUUUCAAAAGACUGUAUUAGUAGAUGAAGUCUGCAGUGACUCUGUAAUCGAAGAUUCAAAAUGUGAUUUAUUUGCUCUCAUAAACAUCUGAUUUUUUAGAUACGUAUUCUUUAUUAUUUAAUUGAGGUUUGCAUAAUCUAAUUCAAUGAAAAUAAUUACAUAGUACUUAAAGGACGCUUUGAAAUCCAUUCAAGUUAAUGAAGAAUUGAUUGAUAAAAUUUUGGCUUUAUUAUUGAGGAUGAAUUUAAGCGAAGAAAUACUAAAAGAAUCAGAAAUUGCUUAGCCUCUAUUAAAAAUUAAAGAUAAAAAGCUUUUUGAUAACAUAAGAUCUAAUCUCAUUGAACAAAUGUAAUAGAAAUGGUCUAGAUGCUAUAUAAAAUUCAAACCAUUGCUAGAAGAAUGGAAAAGAAACAACAAUUAGAAGGAUAAAUAAGAAGAUCGUAAAAAGAAAGGGAAAAGAAAUCAAUCAUCAAGUUCUAGUGAAUCAUCGAAUAAGAAAAAGAAGAGCAGAAAGAAAUUUGUCAGGUAAUAUUUUACUGUAUAUUGAACAGAUUUCAAAGAGACGAUCUUUUGCUUAAUUUUAAAUAUUUUAAGCGAGAGGACGAACCUAAUCAAAGAGGAAUGACCAUGGAAGAAGUUGCUUAGUUCUAGAAACAAUAUGCUGGCGAGUUAAAACGAUUGAAUCAAAUAAACGGAGCCUAUAAUAUUAAGCAUCGAGAAUCAUUGAUGGAAGGCUAAGAACAUAAAAUGCAAUUAGACAUUAUUCAAUAGAUGUUGGAAUAAAUACCAUUUAUCAAACCUACAAGUUAUACUUUAUUUCUAAUCUCUAGAACUGUUUUUGUAAUCAUAAGUAUCCUACGACACCAAUUACAUUGAGACUGCAAUCUAAUAAAAAAGAACAGAAUCUAAAAUGUCUGCAUUUUACAAUAGAGAUGUAUAUAAAACCAUUAAGCAAUCUUUAGAGCAUACCAGAUUAGCCUGGAUAUAAUGAGAUUUCCAACACUCAAUCAGGCUUAUAACCUAAAAUUAUCCAUUUAGAUCCUCCAAAAAGAGAGGAUCUAAUGUACAUGGUCUAAAUCAUUUGCAACAGAGGUCUUAAAGAAUUGGAAGAGAAGAACAAAAAUGCCAAUAAGAAACAAAUCAAGGGAAUUCUUAAAAAGUAGCCUGAUGAAUAAACGAAAUAAAAGGAUGUUCUCAACCAAGCCAAGCAAGACUUACAACCAAAAAUGUAAUAAUUAGUCCAAAUGGUUGAGUAGAAACAUUAACAUAGCCAGGAAAGCAUUCGUAUUAAUAUUUCAUUAUUUAAGUAACUUUAUUACAUGAUAUUAUAUAAAAAUUAAAGGAUAUUGGUGAGGAAAAAUAUAUAAAAAAUUUUAAAUCUAUCCUUGAAACAAAACUGAACGACAAGCAAACAAUAAUGAGUGAAAUUGAUCGUAUAAAAGUACAAUAAGAUUAACAGAGACUUCGACUUGAGUAGUUAUAAACUAUCAAUCCUGCUCAAGCCCUACGAUUAAAAGCUUACAAAACCAAGCAUUGUCACAAUUUUCAUUCGCCCAUAGGUUGUGCAAGAGGAGAUAAUUGUAAUUUCAUACAUGACUCUCGUUAUCCAGGAAGACCAGCCCCAGUACUUUAACAUCCCAAUUUCCUGAAUAAAACUCUAUAUCCCCAAUCCAAUAUGCCUGUAAUAGUUCCACCUCUGCUUCAAUAACUAAACCCUUUGAUUCUGCUUGGAAGACAGAAAAAGUAUGAAAGUCUAUGA